AUGACAGAUUGUAAACCAGUCAGCACUCCAAUGGAAACAGGCUGUAAAUUGACCAAAUCUGAUGACUCACCUGCAGUAAAUCAAUCUGAGUACAGGUCAAUGAUAGGAAGUCUAUUAUAUUUAACUGCAUCUCGACUAGAUUUAAUGUUUGUAGUAUGUCUAGUCUCUCGCUUUCAAUCUGCACCUAAACAAUCUCAUUUGAAUGCUGUAAAACGAAUCUUUAGAUAUGUUCAAGGCACACUAGAUUAUGGUCUUUGGUAUCCCCGUAAUAAUGACUUCACUCUUGUUGGAUUCACUAAUUCUGAUUGGGCCGGUUGUCUAGAUGAUCAUAAAAGCACCAGUGGAGCUGCCUUCUUUCUUGGUGAUUGUCUUGUUGCUUGGCACAGUAAAAAGCAAGAUUGUGUCACUCUGUCCACCGCAGAGUCAGAAUAUAUAGCAGCCACUGCAUGUUGCACACAACUGAUAUGGAUGUCUCAUCAAAUUACUGAUAUGGGCAUUUCUACUAUUAAGCCCAUUUCAAUCUAUCGUGACAAUACUAGCUAUACAGGUUUUGAUGUUACAGUUUUUGUAUUCAUGUUACAGUUUUUGUAUUCAGCUCAGAUUUUGGGACAAUUGUUUGCUCAGCACAGUUUUGGGUUUGGUGCUAUACAGGUCUUAUGGGCAGCAUAUUGUGUCAUUUUUUGA